CUGCAACCCCACCCAAGCCUGGCUGAAACUCGGUCCACCUUUACUUUUGACAACAGUGUUGAAUAAAAAUAAUAAUGACUACAACAAAGCUCACCGAAGGAAAGGUUGCCUUCUACAUCCCCGAUGCCGGCAAGCGGUGUGAAACCUGGUACCAAAUCGUCGGCGACCUCUCACGCGGCGUGACCCCCCUCGUCACCCUCCACGGCGGCCCAGGCGCCACACACGUGUAUCUCCUCCCAUUCAUCGAUCUGCACAUUAAAUACGGAAUCCCGGUAAUCUUCUAUGACCAAGUCGGCAGUGGAAACUCCACGCACCUCCGCGAGAAGAAUGGAGACGAAGCCUUCUGGACCGUAGAUCUCUUCAUCAAGGAGCUAGACAACCUUGUGGACCACCUGAACCUGCGCGAGCACGGGUACGACAUCCUCGGUCAAAGCUGGGGAGGAAUGCUAGGCGGUGUAUACGCGGCGCGGAACCCAGUCGGACUGCGCAAAGUCGUCCUUGCGGAUUCGCCGGCGAGUGUCCCGCUCAUGAUGAAAGGCGUGCAGCAGCUUAUUGAGCACUUGCCUAAACAUGUGCAAAGAGAUCUCGAGGAUUGCACCCGUGAUGGGGACUUCGAGAGCGACAAGUACAAGGACGCCUGUUUGGUGUUUUAUAAGAAGCAUCUUUGCAGAGUAUGGCCUUUUCCGCAGGACGUGGAAAAGGCACUCGCGAAGCUGGAGGACGACUCGACUGUGUAUAGAACAAUGUUGGGCCCUUCCGAGAUCCUAUGUAUUGGCUCGCUGAAAGACUGGGAGGGCUAUUCUACUGCGCACCUCAUCGAUUCCGAAGUAUUGCUGAUCAACGGGCGUUAUGACGAGGUGCAGGAUUUGGCUGUGGCACCUUGGUUCCAUGCUAUCAAGAAAGUAAAGUGGCUGCAUCUUGAAAAUUCCAGUCACAUGGGCCAUUUCGAGGAGAGGAAGAGGUACAUGCAGCAGGUUGGAGCGUUUUUGGGAAGCGAUAAGGCAACGCUGGACAUAUAAGGAGUUGUGGGACAUUAUCCAGCGUAUCAUGGAAGAGUAUCCAAUGACG